AUAUCUGCCAAAAAGCGGCUAGUGGGACAGAGAGAGAAUCCGACGCCGGUUGUGUGUUGGCGGAGAGAUGUGGGAAGCAAUCUGCCUGGCCGUAGUGGCCUCCGCCGGAAACAACAUCGGCAAAGUCCUCCAGAAAAAGGCAACUCUAAUUCUUCCGCCUUUCUCCUUCAAGCUCAAGGUGGUUAGAGCAUAUGCUUCGAACAGAGCUUGGAUUGCUGGAUUUUUAAUGGACAUUCUUGGAGCUGUCUUGAUGCUGCUGGCAUUGUCUCAAGCUCCCGUAUCGGUUGUUCAACCCGUUUCUGGCUGUGGUCUUGCCGUCCUUUCACUCUUUUCUCACAUCUAUCUAAAAGAGACCAUGAAUGUUGUUGACUGGUUCGGAAUCGUUUUGGCUGUUAUAGGCACUAUAGGGGUUGGUGCCGGAGGGGAAGAGCAGAAGACAGCGCUCGUUUCGAUUUCUCAUUUACCAAUACUGGCAUUCUCAAUAUGUUUCGUGUUUCUACUUCUUAACGGGUUUCUUCGUGUCUUUCAAGACGAGAGACGAGAGCAUGAGCUGUUGCAAUUCGAAGUCGUUGAGGAAAUCAUUUAUGGGUUGGAAUCCGGCAUUUUAUUUGGGCUCGCAUCCGUGGUAUCUAAGAUGGGAUUCUUAUUCUUUGAGCAUGGAUAUUCCGCGUCGCUUCUUCUAAUUUGCAUGUUAAUCAGCACUUCGUUUAGUGCUUCCGGGCUCAUUUAUCAGACUCGCGGUUUGAAGCACGGAAGGGCGAUCGUAGUGUCCACCUGUGGAACUGUAUCGUCAAUCACGACGGGCGUGAUCGCCGGUGUAUUCGCCAUGGGCGAACGAUUGCCCUCAGCUCCUCUCGCCUUGGCGCUCCUUCUUCUCGGAUGGUUCUUCAUCGUUCUUGGCGUGAUCCUACUCGUAACCUCUUCCAAACUGCUGCGAUACCUCCCGGGAUGUUUAAGACCCAUCACGCGGAGGGGCGGCUGGGAGAGGAGUUUUGGCGCGAAGCAAUAUGGUUCGAGCCUGGUAAAAGAGGCGAAUCCUAGCGCCGUUAUUCAUGCGAGCACGUUGCAUAAUUUAUUGUCGUCUCCUUCCCUUUCGAAAGCGAAAGCAUGAUGUUUCGAAAUGGGUAAAAAAAGAAACAUGGAACGGCGCUCGUGAAAAAUCCUAUUUGAUCGGGUUGGGACUAUUGAGGAGUGCCCCGGAGGCCGGAGGGAGUAUUAGAGCUGCUAACGGGACAAUUUCAUUUGUCGUCGACGACGACAAACGACCAAUGUUACCCUUGAAAAGGUAGGAUAGUUCAUUUGACGACUAUCGAAGGUAUGAUUUUGGAGAAAUUUUGGAUAAAAUUUCAUGUUAUGAAAGGGUCUAAAAACUUGAAAGAACUAGAGAAAAACUAUUGUACUAGUAUUAAAAAUAAAAAAGUGUGAAUAAAUAAAGAAUAAUUAGAUGUAUUUGUUUUGUAAAACAAUUUAAAAAGAUAUUUUUUUAUAUAAGCUAUAAAGAGUUGGGUAGAUAAUAUAAAAAAUAAUGUUGAACACAAAAAAAAUAAGGUUAGGGUUUGAAUUUAGCAAGGAUAAAUGGAUGGACUAGAUCCAGUGGUAGGCUAAAGUCAUUUUGUCGGAUGGUUGUUGGGACUAGGUUGGUUGGACGGUUGGCCUUACGGACAGUUUUUAUAUAAGUGUGGGCUUUGGGACAGUUAGUUAGUUGGUCACAAAGGUUACGACGUGGAAAUGGUUUGGUAUAAUGGACAGUUGGUUGGUCACAAAAGUUACCAACGCAUAAGCAAGUUCGGACAGUUCAAAUUGAUAACGGACGAAGAAGCGAGUUCUUAGACGGUUCAGAUAGAAGCCGUUUCUAAGGAUGACAGACAAAAUUCCAAGAGAAUUUUAUUGGAGGUCAUUAUUUUAUUUCCAAUUAUUUUUUCUUUUCUUUAGCAAUAUUAUAUUUCGAAUUUUUACUAUCAACAAAUAAUAAUGUGUGUAGUAAUUUUUUUGAAAAAAUAUGUGAAAAAAAAAAAUCUAAGCAAACGAAACUUGUGCGUCUUAAUUCAAAGUAUUAUUUUUGUCAUUUUUAUAUGUUAUUUUUGUUCGUCUCAUUUCAAAGUAUUCAUUUUAUAUUUAAAAAAAGUAAUCAUAGUACCAAAUACCUUCUAACUUUUAUUUAAAUUAUAAACAUAUUAUUACAUAUAUAAUCAAAAGAGUAUUAGGUCCGGCCGGGGAUUUACCCCGUGUGCACUUUCGGGUGGGUAGCGAUUGCGGGUCUCACGUCAUCCAAAAAAAAAAAAGGUAAAAAUAUAGUCCCGCAAUGGAUGACAUGGUGGUGCAGAGGGUCAUAGGUUCAAACCCCAGAAGCUUCCGAUCAUCUACCACGUAUGGUUAAGCUCGGACAUUUACCCAAUUGGUGCAUAUUCUCACAUCAUAAAAAAAAAGGUAAUAAUAAUAAUAAUAAAAUAAAAUCUACUAUUAACAUUAGUUUCAAUACAUAAAAUAUAUUAGAAAUGAUGGUAUAGUCUCGUAGCCAAGCCUUUA